UGUUUGGUUCGAUCGCAUCAGACAUAUCCCCCAUGCAGAGGUCCACAAAGUCUUUGCUAAUUUAGCUUGGUCCAUCUGAUGUGCUCGCAAUUUGCUUCUUUUUCAGGGGAAGACUUUAACUCAUGAGGAUUGCCUCUUGACUGCUCAAAUGGCGUCUUGGACCAGAGUGCCUUCUAUCCGACAACAGGCCACAGCUGCGCGGCGGGUGAUCUGUACCAGGGACUCCUAACUCCAUGUCUCAUGUGAUGCAGCGAUUGACAGCAAUGGUGGAUUGGGUUUUGGAGUGGUUUUAUCGGAUAACAAUGGUGGAAUCGUGGGCUGUCGCUAUGGUUUUGUUGGUGGUGUCGUUAUUGCUGAAGAGAGGGAGGCUAGGAGCUAUGUUUGAAGGGAUUUCCUGCUGUCAAAGUCGCGGAGCUACGGACGUCAUCUUAGAAACUGACUGCCAACCCCUUUACUGGACACUUUAUCAAGGAAGCAAGGAUCUAUCUUACAUCGGAGAUACCACUUCCAGCAUUCUUGAGAUCUCGGCUUGUUUCCAACGCUGCUCUUUUAGUUGGACUCCUCGCGAAGUUAUGGCAGGCUUGGCACCAGAGGGAUCACAAUUUGAUGCUCGUCACUAUGACUCGAAGAUGAGUGAGUUGCUUCAAGCUGAUGGACAAGAAUUUUUCACUUCUUAUGAUGAGGUCUUCGAUAGUUUUGAUGCUAUGGGUCUUCAAGAGAAUCUGCUCAGAGGCAUUUACGCCUAUGGUUUUGAGAAGCCGUCUGCCAUCCAACAAAGAGGCAUCGUUCCAUUCUGCAAGGGCCUCGAUGUUAUUCAGCAGGCUCAAUCUGGAACAGGGAAAACUGCCACUUUCUGCUCUGGAAUACUGCAACAGCUUGAUUAUGGUCUGACACAGUGCCAAGCUCUGGUUUUGGCACCUACUAGAGAACUUGCUCAACAAAUUGAGAAGGUUAUGCGAGCUCUCGGAGAUUACCUUGGUGUUAAGGUGCAUGCUUGUGUGGGUGGAACUAGUGUACGUGAGGAUCAGCGGAUUCUUGCAGCUGGGGUUCAUGUCGUCGUUGGUACCCCAGGCCGUGUAUUUGACAUGCUACGGAGACAGUCUCUCCGUUCUGAUUACAUCAAAAUGUUUGUGUUGGAUGAAGCUGAUGAAAUGUUGUCUCGUGGUUUUAAGGAUCAGAUAUAUGACAUUUUCCAGUUGCUCCCGCCCCGAGUUCAAGUUGGGGUGUUCUCUGCCACAAUGCCACCCGAGGCUCUAGAAAUCACCCGAAAGUUCAUGAACAAGCCGGUGAGGAUCUUGGUGAAACGAGACGAGCUCACCCUAGAAGGCAUUAAGCAGUUCUACGUGAACGUUGAUAAGGAAGAAUGGAAGCUCGAGACUCUCUGUGAUCUCUACGAAACCCUAGCCAUCACUCAGAGCGUCAUCUUUGUGAACACCCGACGGAAGGUCGACUGGCUAACGGACAAGAUGCGUGGCCGCGACCACACGGUCUCGGCCACUCACGGGGACAUGGACCAGAACACCAGAGACAUCAUCAUGCGUGAGUUCCGAUCAGGCUCGUCUCGUGUCCUCAUCACCACGGACCUCCUGGCUCGUGGCAUCGACGUCCAGCAGGUUUCCCUCGUCAUAAACUACGAUCUCCCAACACAGCCGGAGAAUUACCUGCAUCGGAUAGGAAGGAGUGGAAGGUUCGGAAGGAAAGGAGUCUCCAUCAACUUCAUGACUAGGGAUGAUGAGAAGAUGCUCAGUGACAUUCAGAAGUUCUACAACGUCGUCAUCGAGGAACUUCCCUCGAACGUUGCCGAUCUUCUCUGACGUGUCGUCAUGUGGUACGAGAGAAAUCCGCAGUUGCUAUCGAGAGUAAUGACUUUCUUUUUCUUGUUCUAUUUCUCCUGUCGGAUUAAUUGGUAGUUCAUUUUGCAUAGGAUGCCUUAGAGCAUUGCAGUUUUUUUUUAGGUAGCGAGCUUUUAUUCUUUUUCCUUUUUUUUUUGGUAACGGUUUUUAAUCCUUUUUGCCCCAAAUUUUGAUCAAUCUAGUGAAGUUUUUUAGCCUUCAA